AUGUUCUCCAUGCGACUGUCCCCUGAUUAUGGAAAUGAAGCGGGCAAUCUUGCUGGUCUUGAGAUGAAGCAUAAUGAGCAUACGGGCGACUGGGAGAUCACUGUCCCGCUCCCAUCUGGGACCUGGCUCUACGCCUACUACCCCAAUUGCACUACUGGCAACUGGAAGGCUUGCGAUGUUGCAAUUGUGGAUCCGUCGAAUUUGCCGAUUGAAGCUUUUGCGGGAGAUCAAUUGCUCAGCGCUAUCCAGCUACCGUUUGACCGUGAAUUUCAGUAUUCUAGUAUCGGUAUCAAGCAAUUUGGAAUUGAUGUACUGAUCAGACUAGAUGUUCACGAUGUGGGAGUAUACCUACCUUACGAAUAUGGAAAGAUUUCAAACAAGAAAUAUCCGAUAUUGUACCUUUCCAAUGGUGGCCAAGGAUCAGACUCGGAUUGGUUUCAGCAAGCCCAAAUUCACAAUAUUAUUGAUCGUCUCAUUGAUGCUGGGGAACUAGAGCCGACUAUUCUCAUAACUCCAAACUGGUACGAUCUAGGCUUUAGUCUUGAAGAGUACCAAACAAACGCAACACUACAGGCAGAGUACCUGGAUGUCGUCGGAUAUUCCCGCUUUUUCAACAAAGUACGCGAGAACUUCUUCUCCUACCUAAUUCCCUGGGUCAACGAAAACUACGAAAUAUCCAACUCUUCAACUUCUCGAGCAUUUGGUGGCCUUGCUCUUGGGGGUACUCUGACUUUGGCUGUUUUGUUCAACGCUACGGAUUACUUCUCUUCCUACUGUAUCAUGUCACCUACUCCGGCUCCCUCUGCGGGCGACUCACAAUACAAUUCCAGUAUUAACCCAGGGCUACGUGACGUGGGUAUCCUGACUGGAGCUGGGUUUUACGAUACCACAUUCAAUGCGGCACGGGACUGGGAGACGGCUUUGGCCGCAGAGAAUGUGACCUAUUUGAGCCACUACUCGAUGACCGGUGCUCAUCAAUGGAGCACAUGGCAAGAGAUUAUCUACAUUUAUUUGAGGGAUGCACUCUGGAAACCUGUUCCAUAUGGCAGAAGAACGAGCUUGGAUGCCGAAUGA